UUCUAGCCCGUCGUUCCGGCCCCUGCGUCGUUCUUCUGUUCAACCUCAACGUGCUGUUCGUCCUUAUAGCGCAUCCCACCACAAGGCCCCUGCCGUCGUUCUCUAGACGACGCAUCGCACAAUAAGGACAAGACCACGACGCUGGUCCCUGUUGACGCCGCCGACCACGCCGCCGACCACUCCGGCGGCGCCCCUGCUCAGUUGGUUUUGUUGAAUUUUAAAAAGACUCCUAGAGAACCUAAAGAAAGUGUUCUCAAGCAAAGUAAGUCGAAUUUCCCCUCCCUUUGUUAUCGAAUUUUUGGGAUUUUAUAAAUUUGGAUUUUUAUUAGGGUUUGGGUUGAUGAAUUUUUGAUUUUUUUGUGUGGGAUUGGCAGAAUCACCAGCUGAAUUUUUUGCGGAGAAUAAGAAUAUUGCAGGAUUUGACAAUCCUGGUAAGUCCCUGUAUACUACUGUUAGAGAGUUGGUGGAAAAUGCUCUCGAUUCUGCUGAGUCUAUAUCAGAGCUUCCUGUUGUGGAGGUCACAAUUGAAGAGAUUGGAAAAAGUAAGUUUAACGCCAUGAUUGGUCUCAUUGAUCGGGAGCGAGUUGAUCAGGAAUUAUAUGAUGAUUUUGAGACUGCUAAGGCUCGUGAGGCUUUGAUUUGGUCCAAGAUGAGUACCAGACUACCAAUAGAGAUAUCAUCAGCAUUGAAAGGCCAAAAUUUACUAUCAUUCUGCAGGCUGGAUAUUGACAUUCAUAGCAAUAUUCCCCACAUUCACUUACAUGAAAAGCGUGAAAACAAGGACCGUUGGCAUGGAGGUGAAAUUCAAGUUGUCAUUGAGGGAAACUGGACUACCUACCGGUCUAAGAUAUUGCACUACAUGCGUCAGAUGGCUGUAAUCACACCUUAUGCUCAAUUCAUCUUCAAAUUUGUCUCAGAAACACCUGAUAAAAAUAUGACGAUAGGAUUUGCACGAAGAACUGAUGUAAUGCCUCCGGUACCCAUGGAGACAAAGUACCAUCCAUCUGCUGCUGAUCUAUUACUUAUUAAGCGGCUUAUUGGGGAAACUUCAAAGCAGAAUUUGUUACAAUUUCUUCAACAUGAGUUUGUGAAUAUAGGAAAACCUCACGCUGAGCGUCUGAUUGGUAAGUAA